AUGAUCUCUCGCUGGACUUUCGUUAGGCGGCUAGCCACCAAGGCAGAGCGCCAGAUCGGCUCUAUAGGCGAAUUUCCACAACUGAACGACCAGCAGUUACUGGAGGCGAUCGAAAAUGACCCAGACAUCGUCAACAACAAAAGUUGGCGAAGGUCGUACUAUCACCAGCUGUCGCAGCUUACAGAAGCACUCGACGCCCGUUUCAAAGAGCAGCUCGACAAGAACAUGCACAAGAUCAAAAGUUAUAACGACCGCAUCAACACAACUAUCGAGAGCCGUAUCACGGUCGACAUCACCAGAGACAAAUUGCGGUUCGAGGAUUUCUACCCCAACAAGGUUGUCUCGAAAGCCAUCGCAAGCAAGCUAGGGUUCGUGACGACCACCGACUUCCAGAGACGGCUGUUUGCGUUGGCGACCGGGUUCAUCAGCACCGUUGCUGUUGGCGAGCCGGGAACCGGGAAAACAAGCUCCUUGUUUGUGCACUCGCUUUUCCUCCGUCGAAUGAAUGCGCGAGGCGAGGGAAUCAACUCGCUUUUGCUGGUGAAUUCAGGACAGCAGGCAGCCAAACUCGAACACAUGGCUCAGAAGAUUUUCAGUGGAAUCCUGGAACAAAUACCGCGCCAGGGAGCAUCGUACAAGGAAAUGGCACAGUUUCUGUACAGAGCAGACGAAGCUACCGAAAAGAAACAGAUCAACGCAUUGAUGGAGAAUCCGUGUCCGCACGUGUUAGUGUCCACUCCCCAGAGACUGCUGGAUCUUUUGUCGACGCGAGGUAUGGACUUUCUCAAGGUCCAAAGUCUGGCAUACAUUGCAGUUGACGAUAUUGAUCACAUGAUGGAAGUUUCGCUUCCAAUUAGCAAGCAACGCAAGACACCGAUAAUCCAGUUGCUGGAUUAUGUUCUCAAAUUGCAGGAUUAUAAUCGGAUCCAUAACGAGCCGCAUCCGCAGUUGGCGUUCACCACCACGUCGCCAACUCCAAGUGUUUUUCUAGACGAACUUCGCGAGAACACUCAAUGGUUUGAUUGGAGCAAGUUCCAUGAAAUGGGCAAUUUCCAGGAUACACAGAUGGCCGCCACGAACCUUGUGCCGAAGAACGUGGUUUUCGGAUGUGUACUGGUGCGCUCGCAGCUGAGCAAGAGCAAAAAAUUGCGCACAGACUUGAUCGAUAUGAAACCUCCGUUGUAUCCCGAAAGAAUGGACUGGGAAUACGCAGCAACUGGCGAGCCGAAGUUUCUUGAAUACUGGAAGCACAAACGGUCGCACAUGAGCAAAGACAUUGUUGAUGGAGAACUGCAGGUGCUGAUUUCCGGAGUUCUCAAGCUUUUCAAGAAGAAAAAGGACGAUUACCCUGGCAGAGUCUUGAUGGUCGUGUCCGAUGAGACGAGUGUUUUGAAAACACAGAAGAUGCUCGAGAAACUGAAAAGACCGGUGAUUGUGUAUAGCGGCCAGGACCUGGAAGACACCCCGAACAGCUGUUUGAUAGUUGCCAACGGCAAGAGUGUGGCAGGAAUCGGGUUCAAAAACAUCAACACCAUGAUGGUUCUAGGUCUAGACGUGGUCAGGGAUAUUCACCGUUUUGUUCAUCUUGCCGGACGGUUCAGAAACGCGGCUGGUUUGGUCAGUUCUGAUCUGUAUGGGGUCGUUGACGACGAUAAAUACCCGGUGAACAAGAUGAUUCUUCUUGCUCCAGAUCUCGCGACGGGUAGCGAGGAAAGAAAUCAGAUCUCGCGUCUGAGUUUGCGCGGAGGCCUAGUUCAAUGGACGCCGGUGGUGGGCAUUCGCGAGAAAUGA